AUGAGUAUACGACAAAGCGCUCGAUACACAAGCCGAAGUAUAGGCUUUUGCUGUCGCCCUACUAGUAUCACCUUUAGUAGAACGAUUUACUUGAAUAAAGGACCAAGAGUCGAAGGAUUGAAAAGAGACCCAAAAGAGGUGUUUGUAAAUCACAAUGGCAUAGAAUACGAACUUAACCAGGACAACAUUCAACAUAUCAAAUUGUACCUUGGAGACAAAUUUCAAAUACCCGAUGAAAUAGCAUUACAAAUCAUUACCCAUAAAUCCUUUGGCAAUGGUAUCAAACCAUAUAAUGAAAAACUAGCAGCAAUGGGCUCGAAGCUAUUAUCUUUGUUUGCUGCUAAGCAUGUUGUUAACAAGCCAACUGAAAAAGAUGCCAAACUUGUUAUUAGUGGUAAAAACUUGUCAAUAUUAGGGUCACCCAAUGCAAAAGAACUCCAUGGAAGAAAGUCAACGGGAUAUUUCACCAAGCUCAACGGAUUGAACAAUAUUAUGUUUUGGAAAUCAAGGAAUCCAACGUUGAAUUUUGAAUCUAGUGGUGAAUUGAAAGUUAGCUCACAGUUGCUAUAUAGUUUAAUUGGUGCUAUCAAUAUUUAUCAUGGGAAAUCCAAAGCAGAAGAAUUUAUUAGUGAUAAUGUGAUAAAGGGGUUGGAGGAGAUUACUGAGGAACUUGUACAUAGAGGAUAA